UCGGAAAAACGACUACGUCAUAUGACUGUGACGUCAUUUUAAUGUCCGCGAAUACGGACUGGCUUGAAGAGGAAUGUUGGAAUUUUGUUGACUAAAAGAUGUUUCCAACUUUCGUCUUCGAGUCAAAGCCAAAUCAAAGCCAGACUGUGACGUCCGUUAUCACAGACUACGGGAUCGUCUGCUGGAGCAGAAUGUGGCCAUUUGUCAACAACAUGCUAGCAUGCAUUCGACGACUAGAUCUAUUUGCACCGAAAGAAAACGACUUAGAAGACUGGGUUUUUAUCCAGGGCAAUGCUUCUCAGAACGGAUCUACAUCGUGGACAGCCGUCGUUGGGCCAGAACGUGAAACAAACGAUAAGCCCCGCCCAGUAGAAAGAGGCGUGUCCGAUUCGACAACCACGCCCGAUAUUAGUGAGCUCGCAAUGGUGGAUGUUGACCUAUCAGAGCCGUCGGAAAUGCCUCUUGAAUUUGAUUGAACUAUGAAAUGAGUGUUAUUGUUCAUGAGUUUUUUUUUUUUUUUUUUUUUUUUUUGUAAAUAUAUAUACAUUUUUUGUUUAAACUAAUUAUGUUUUCUUUAGAAAUUAUAACGUGUUAUACAUCAUCAAUCAGUUGUUGAUGAAAUCGUUUUGGUAUUUAUUAUUAUUAUUUUUUAAUUAUUAUUAUUUUUAAAUUUAAUUUAAUUUAAUUUUAUUUGAAAUGUUUGGUGGGUGCUCGCAAUGCUGGAUGUCAGAAAUUCCUCUAAAAUUUGCUUAAACUAUUAAAUGAUUGUUAUUGAUCUGGGGUUAUUAUUAUUAUUGUUUUUUCUUUUAAAAUAUUGUUUUUUGCUUAAACUAAUUACGUUUUCUUAAUACAAUCGUUUUGAUAUU